AUGGAAGUUGUUCGUUGCAGGAGCUUGAGUCAAAAACAGACCAGCGGUUGCCUCAGCAUACAUGAAGCUGGGAGCAGCUCCCUCGCGGCUCUGGAAAGUGUUGCGGCUCCUUGCAGGUGCGGCGAUAUUCCGCUCCGUCGGAUCGAAGACAAGGAUCCCGGGCGCUUUCCCAUCGAGACAGUCUCAUUCUCGUCAGCGUUGGUGUGGUCAAGAAAAUGGGGAGUCAACUCGUCCGGAGCUCAGAGAUACCACCAACGAUUGACUGCCUUGAAGCCAGAGUCGAUCCUGUUCCGUCUUCUUGGCAGGCGGUUGGCUUUGUUGCGACCCUCGGCAUCAACGAUUACUUGGAUGAGUGGAGCUCACAGUGACCAACCAGUACAGUACAACCCACAAGUCCAGCAACCUCCUCCCCAAGGCUCCGUCUCCAGCGUUUCUAUUUUGAGUCGAUCUUCUUGCUUCAUCCACCCCACUGCUGCCCAGGACCUGGUAGGACAGGUGAUGUAG